CAUUGAAAUGCAUGACAUACGGCUAAUGGAUAUUGUGAACGAGGCUUUAGGGGGUAAAUUAAUCGUACAUUAAUCGUCCCCCCCCCCCAUUAAGUGGGAGUGACCACUGUUCCAACAGCACCGUCGCUUCUCAAUUCUGCAUUGGUGCGCUUUGGACUACACACUUGACACGCGCCUUUUCAGAAACGGAUUGUCUAUGCUGAGUUUGCUUUCCUUGACAUGUUGUGUUGACAGUGUUGGGACUAGUUAGCGAAGAUGUGCUGAAGCCACCGGUAAACGAUAGCUUGUUGACAGUUAUUUUUAGUUCCCGCUCGCGCACGAUGAAAGAGAAACGGACCGCGAACUCACCAGUGGUGCACGGUGACAAGUGAAGUGCAAGCAGCAGUCAACAGAGGUCCCUUUUGGAAGGAAUCGUAGAACGAUGAAGUCGAGGAGAGACAAACUGAACAUACCCUCUCUUACUUUGGAUUUGUCACCCACUUGCCAAAGCCCAACUCUACUGAGCCCAUGCAGCCCCUGCAGCCCUUUACAAACCCUUCAUCCCUGGAGUUGCCGGAGCAGCAACAGGAAGAGUCUUGGCGUGGGGACACCAUCUCCCACUCUGUCACGCCCUCUCUCCCCACUCUCCGUCCACACCGCUGCAAGCAGUCCCCUAGACAGCCCCCGGAAUGUAUCCACCUGUGCCUCCCUCAACUUCCCAUUCACUCGCAGAACGGAAGGCAGAAGAUGGUCUCUGGCGUCCCUCCCCUCUUCCGGCUACGGAACCAAUCCCCCCAGCUCUACCGUCUCUUCCUCCUCCUCCUCCCAGGAGCGCCUGCACCAGUUGCCCUACCAGCCCACUCAAGACCAACUCCACUUCCUGUUCAAGCACUUCCUCAGCUCGGAGAAUGUGGCCGACGAGGAAGUGCGACCCUCACCGUUCAUGCGCCCUCGCUCCCACAGCCUCAGCCCCGCAAGAACAAUGGGUUCAUUUGAUAAUGAGGUCGUCAUGAUGAACCAUGUUUACAAAGAACGUUUUCCUAAGGCCACACUGCAGAUGGAGGAGCUUUUGCUGGAUAUCGUCACUGCCUGCUCCUCAGAAAGCACCCUCCCACUGUCUGAUGGCGUACUGGGCUUCAUCCAGCACCAGCUGGUGGAGCUGGUCCGAGACUGUCUGGACAAGUCCCACACGGGCCUGGUCACCUUGCGCUACUUUGUGGAGUUGCAGGAUAAACUGGAGAAGCUGCUCCAUGAGGCGUACGAUCGCUCGGAGAGCGAGGAGGUAUCCGUCAUCACCCAGCUGGUGAAGAAGAUUCUCAUCAUCAUAUCCCGACCGGCGAGGCUGCUCGAGUGCCUGGAAUUUGACCCGGAAGAGUUCUAUCAUCUGCUGGAGGCAGCCGAGGGUCAUGCCAAAGAGGGCCAGGGCAUCAAGACGGACAUUCCACGUUACAUCAUCAACCAACUGGGCUUGACUCGCGACCCCCUCGAUGAUAUGGUACAGCUUGAACAGUCUGCUCCGUCAAUGACAGUGAAGUUUGAUGAGUCGGUGGAGCAGAACAAGUGUCCACAGACCCCAACACGAAGGAAACCACUGGAGAGUGACUUUGAAACCAUCAAGCUCAUCAGUAAUGGAGCUUAUGGGGCUGUGUACCUGGUCCGUCACAGAAACACCCGGCAGCGUUUCGCCAUGAAGAAGAUCAACCGGCAGAACCUAGUCCUGAGGAACCAGAUCCAGCAGGUGUUUGUGGAGCGGGACAUCCUGACCUUUGCUGAGAACCCCUUCGUGGUCUCCAUGUUUUGCUCCUUCGAGACACGGCGCCACCUGUGCAUGGUGAUGGAGUAUGUGGAAGGUGGGGACUGUGCCAACCUGCUGAAGAACAUGGGCCCCCUUCCUGUGGACAUGACCCGGAUGUACUUUGCUGAGACUGUGCUGGCCUUAGAGUACCUUCACAACUACGGCAUCGUCCAUAGAGACCUCAAACCUGACAACUUGUUGAUCACCUCUAUGGGCCACAUCAAACUGACUGACUUUGGCCUGUCCAGAGUUGGCCUGAUGAACAUGACUACCAACCUGUAUGAGGGUCACAUGGAGAAAGACACCAGGGAGUUCAUCGACAAACAGGUGUGUGGCACCCCAGAGUACAUAGCCCCAGAGGUGAUACUGAGACAGGGCUAUGGGAAGCCAGUAGACUGGUGGGCCAUGGGAGUCAUCCUGUAUGAGUUCCUGGUUGGAUGUGUGCCCUUCUUUGGGGACACGCCCGAGGAACUCUUUGGGCAAGUUGUCAGUGAUGACAUCACCUGGCCCGAUGGGGACGAAGCUUUACCUGCAGACGCCCAGGACAUGAUCACACGGCUGCUGAGGCAGAGCCCUCUGGAGCGCCUGGGGACAGGAGGAGCACCUGAGGUCAAACGACACAGCUUUUUCUUGCAUCUGGACUGGAACGGGCUACUGCGACAGAAAGCAGAAUUCAUCCCUCAACUGGAAGCGGAGGACGACACCAGCUACUUUGACACUCGCUCAGAGCGGUACCACCAUUUGGCCUCAGAUGAGGAUGAUGAAACCAACGAUGAAGAGUCUUCCCUGGAAAUCCGACAGUUCUCCUCCUGGUCAAACCGCUUCAGCAAGGUAUACAGCAGCACAGAACAUCUGGCCACGCAUUCCAACUUGAGCUUCUCAUCGGGCCACAGCGAUGACAAGGAGGGCUGGGAUGGAUGUUUCACAACCUCCCCAGGAGGAGACAUCCACAGACAGGAACGCCAGCACCAAGAUCGCAAGGGCAGCCUGCGCCCUCGGGCCUCAUCCAGUUCCUCCCAGUCUGAGAGGAGCGCCAGCCCCCUGGUGAUGAGCAGCACCCACAGUCUUGAGACCAUUCCGCGCUUCGCCUUCUCCACAGACGAUGAAGCUGAGGUGGUUUUAUCAAACCUGCAUCGGAUUCGUAGCAACAGCACCGGAGCGAAACACUCUUCCCCCAAGGACCACGGGGCCUCCCGACACUUUGGGAACCAGCUGGAGACACCAGACAGUCCGAGGCUUGGGGGCAUACUACCCAAGUCUGCCUCCGCCUCCGCCCUGUCUCUCGUCAUCACUGCAGACGACAUGCACGGCGGCCUCCAAGCCAGCCCCAUCUUAAUGCGCUCCCUCUCGUCCAACCCUUCAUCACGCGACUCAUCCCCCAGCCGAGACCUGUCGCUUAGCCUCAGCAUCCUGGGGCCACCCAUCGUCAUCCACAGCUCGGGGAGGAAGUACGGCUUCACUAUGCAGGCCAUCCGCGUCUACAUGGGCGACAGCAACGUUUACACUGUGCACCACAUGGUCUCGAAUGUUGAAGAUGGCAGCCCAGCCCAUGAGGCAGGACUGAGGGCCAAUGACCUCAUCACUCACGUGAAUGGAGAGUCUGUGCAAGGCCUGGUCCACACAGAGAUAAUGGAGCUGCUUCUGAAGAGUGGUGGCAAGGUGGCCCUUCAGACCACGGCCCUGGAGAACACGUCAAUCAAGGUUGGGCCGGCUCGAAAGACCAGCCACAAGGGCAAAAUGGCAAGACGCAGCAAGAAAAGCAAGAGAAGGGAUAAUCAGGACAGGCGGCGGAGCAUCCUGAAGAAGCUGUCCAAGCAAAGCACAGUGAUGCACAGCAGCCGAAUCUUCAACUCUGGCCUGCAGCACAACUCUGUGUCGUCCAGCGAGAGCCUGCCGGGUUCCCCCACACACAGCCUGUCCCCCGGCCCCUCCACCCCCUGUCGCAGCCCUGCCCCUGACCACCAGGCUGGAGACACCAACUCUCCACAGAGCACCUCUCCCAGCUCUCCCAGCUCCAGCUCUCCCAGCUCCCUGCACGGCCUGGCCUCCAAGAUGGGCACUCAGCGCUACACCAAGGUGGGUCGCCGCAAGUCCACCAGCAGCAUCCCCCCGUCCCCCCUGGCCUGCAACUCCUCCACCCAACCCCUGUCACCCCAGCGCUCCCCCUCCCCCCUCUCUGGCAUCACCAAGACCUUCCACGGCAAGACUCUGUCCCCCCCCACCAUCGUCCGCCAUUGUUUGCGCCCCCGCAGUGCCGAGCCGCCCCACUCCCCCCUCAAGAGGGUGCAGUCAGCUGAGAGGCUCUCGAGCGCCUACCACACCGACAAGAAGUCGUACCCCCACCGAAGGCACACGUUGGAGGUGCCUUUCCAGGACAAGGUGGAGGGAGUCUGCGGCGAAGGGGACUACGGGAGGCUGCUGGUGGGGUAUGGGGGCUGCCAGAGGCUGAAGGACUGGGCGUCGGAACGCUCAGAGCAGCUGGUUGUGAUGAGGAAGCUCAACCUGUCGGAGCGCCGCGACUCCUUCAAGAAGCAGGAGGCGGUGCAGGAGGUGAGCUUUGAUGAGCCUGACGACCAGAAGACCAUCCCCACGGUCACCGCAACAACGCUCAACGCCCCUGGAGGCAAUCGGGUCCCGCAGCGGGCGGCCUCCUGGACGGCUAUUUCCCAAACCAGUGAGGAGUUGACUGUGGUGAAACGUUUCAACCUGGUGCCUCAGAUUGCUGUGCAGGGCUUGAUAGAGAGCGAGGACCAGGAUGUCUGGGAGCCGUGCUCUGAUGGAGAGGAGGACGACGGCGAGAGGCAGGAGCCCGAAUCUACUGAUUCCAACAUCGGACCACAGCAGCCGAGCAAGGAUGUCUCUCUCAUGGUAAAAAUCUCCAGUAAGGCACCAGAGGCGACAGCUGCUUUGCACAAAGAAAGGCCUGCUUCAGAUUAAGUUGGGGAUACAGCAGUGGACUCUAGCCCCCAGAAAGGGAAGCUAAGGAAGUGACGUUUCCUUGACUCAUUUUAUAUAGCCAUUUCUUCCAAGGAAGCACCUUGAUACUCUCACUGCUGAAGGAAGGAAAUGUUUGGGCGAAAGAGUAUUUUGCCACAUUAAUUUUGUUUUGUAGAUUUCACUUGAUUCAGGACUUAGUUUUGUAAAUAUGUAACACCAGGAAAUAGACUGCACUUUAUUUCCUGAGCUUAUUUAUUACUUUUAAGCUAAUAGGAUUUAUAAUGGGGCCAAAAAAGGAAAGUGUUCAAUUGAUAGUGAUUAGCCAAGAUUAUAUCAUGUUUUGUAUUCAUAUAAAUAUUUAUUUUCUAUUGUCAUGAUUUUUCUAGAAAUGUCGGAAUGUAGGAAUUCCACAGAGGUAAGUCGUUUUUGGCGAGGAAAGUUUUGACAUUUUUUCUGCAUUCAUAAAUGGAAAGUAGGAAUGUAUAAAUCUUAAUUUCUAAAGAUUACCACACAUUGAAAGUUGUUCAGAUUUAGGCAUAGAAACUGAGACUACAUUUUUGAAGUAUAUUUUCAAUCGUACAAAACUGUAGGGCAUUUCUUAUAUGAACUACUUCGGUCAGUUUUUAGUUGAUGUGAAGACUACUCACUUUGUUUGUUUUUUGUUUUAUUAAGCCAUAUCUUAUGAACUGAAGGCCCUUUUUGUUUGACAAAUAAUGUUAUUUCCUUGUUGGCAGGCUAGACAGUAGCAGGAAAAUGUAGUCUCCUUUACAAAUAUUUCAAAGCAAUUUUAUGCAACUCUGAGGGUAUUUUUUAAAAUCUUAGCCACCAUAGAAAUGAAAGCAAGUGUUUCACAUGAAAAUCAGUAACUAGUUCGUUUUAAAACCUGUUAAUUAUAUUCUGUCAUAACCUCAUUGUCAUGUUCGUUCAUCCUGAUGUUGUUCUAUUGGGUUCGUGGUUCCGCUGUACUGAUUCUCAUGGCAACAGGGUUUAACCCUUGGGUUUGCUGAAAUCAGUUGAACAUUGAUGUAGCAUGGCAAUUUGAGCUUGCUGUCAAUGCUUAUACUACAAAAGCACGAAACCUUUGUUUUUAUCAAAUACUGUUACCUCAUCACUGUCACACAGGCAAUUGUUGACAGGAUAUUGUUUUGAUAAGGCACAUAUGUUUUGCUCUUAACCCUGUUUUAGGCUACGUCCAGGAAUACAGUUAUCCAGGUGACACCACCAAGCUAAAGAGAAACGGUUUAAGCUUUCACGGGAUCCGCUUGCAUAUUUUCAAUUAUCCUUGAUGCAGCCUUUGACCUUAUCUACAUUUAUACAACGGGUGGGUCUAAUCCUGAAUGCUGGUUGGUUAAAAGUGCAUUCCAGGCGGUGUCUAUUUCAUCUUGUGCUUUUGCAUUGAUGUUUACAUUUGGGUAAAGUGCACUAAGGGAAAUUACUAUUUUGACAUAACAUAUAUUUUUUUGCCAAAUAUUUUUUUUUUUUGUGUGUUUUUUAUAACUAUUUUUAUAUGGAAGAGUCAAUAAUGAAGGAGCACCCCAUACCUUCAGUCAGACCCCAGGGUUAGAUAUUAACAGAUGCUAGUUGUAUGUCUUUGUACUGUACAUGUAUAUAUUUUGAUAUCUGAGUCUAAUUAUGUAUGAAUUGUUAUUGUAUAUUUUGGAGUAUACCAAGCAACGUGAACGACCAUGGCUGUAACAAUGGGCGUCUGAUUCUGCAAGGAUGAAGCUUGUUGGGGAAUCACAUCAGUAUUGCAAUGCAUAUAAUACAAUGCAUAUAAUGAAUUAGCUGUGUUGAACACCAUAAUUUUGGCCCAUUUUAUACACAAGUAGUUUUGAAGUCUGAUAUUGUCAAAUGGUACUUCCUGUUAUUUAACCCUCUUUAUAUAUCAAAAGUGGGGGGCUCUUUAGAAGUCUCAACAGAUCCUCAGACUAUAUUUUCAGACUGGAUGAACUGCUCAGGACUCAGAAGUCAGUGGUGGUGAAAUGAAGUUAUACCGAAGACGCACUUACUCUCAAAGUCAGAAUUGUUAACAAUGAACAUGCUGUAUACACAACUGAAACCAAUAUAAUUUUGGAGUCCUGUAUUUCUACUUAAUGAAACCACUUUUUGAUACCAUGUACUGUGAAGCUAUUGUGUUAGUCUGCACAUUUAAGCACUACAUCAUUUUACACAAGUACCUUUUUGAACUAAAUCUUCCUUAAACUAUUCUGUAGGAGUAGUUUAGGAUGUGGUUCCUCUUCUAUUGGAUGCAUGCUGCAUGAGACAAGGACGCGUAAUACUUGAUUGCAUGUAACGUUGGGUUUAUAAAGCGCAUGCUGUGUAUUUUAAUGUGUGUCUAAUAGCAUUGUGUGCACAGUCAACUUUUGCACUUUCCUUUCACUCCUAUUCAUCAUGACCUGAACCAGAUGUGAUCAUAUACAAAUUUAAGCAUGGUUUGAAAUAAUUGUGUUUUAGUGAAAUAUUCUUGCGGUCAAUUUGCAGCAAACUAAUUAUAUGGAAUUUAGACUCCGACCCACCGACAAUCAGCUCAAGAAAAGAAAUUGGCCCGUGGCUGAAAAAGUUGAUGAUCCCUGUCAUGAGGGAUGCAUGUGGUUCAUCAAGGGCUGGGAGUGAGCUUAGAAGGUUUGGCUACACAUCAGUCUGCAAUGCUUUGUCUUUUGUAUUUAACUCUCAUUCUGACGCUUUGCCAUUUUUGUCUGCUAUCUAACACCUCUAUUCUCACUUAGUUGUACCUCUACUCUCACUUAGUUGUAGACUAGGGGUACCUGUACUGUAGCACACUUGCAGGGUAAAAUGGAAGAACAUGUCCACAUUUAUUAUUUCUGUUUAAUUGUGAUUUUGUUAGCACUGUACCUCCAGUAUUUCUAAUUUCCAUUUUAUUUGAAUAUGGAUAUACUGUAUAAGCCAACUUUAUCUGGCUAGUUUCUAAAAAACAUUUAAAAAAAGGUUCUAACACUAUGGCCUAGCUCCCUAUUCAAACAAAAGCAAAUGUUGAAUACAUAGAUGGCUGGCUAGGAUGUUAUUAUGCCUAUGGUUGGGUUGUACUGUUGAAUGUAUUUGCCAAUAAGUACUUUCAUAAUAGAGGAAUUGUGAUAGGAGACUUCUAUAAAUGGAAUCCUAUAAAUGUUGCGUGUUCAUAUGACUUUCAACAUCUGUCUGCUUAUGUUUGAGUAGUGAGGUGUGGGCUGUCCCUGGUGCAAGUGUGUCAAGAUUGAUCUAUUUUGUGUUUUUACUGGCUGUUGCCAAACUGUUUUAUGAUAAAUUGUUUCCAUAUGGCAUUUGAUGAA